UUUAAAGGUCUUAGACAUUAUUUGACCUGUCUUCUCUAUGGUAUAUUAAAAGGGCUCUUUUAGACUCAAUUGAGAGUCUUGUUACAUGCUGCAGAGUUAAAAUUAUUGAUACCUAGGUCUAAGCAUUAGAUCUACUUUAGGUGUCUCUAUUCAAGAGACUCCCCCACUAACAGCUGAAAUCACUGAGAGCUGUGUUAAGUGUGUGAGUGGGGCUCUGAAGACAUCUUGGUGAGCAGGCAGCUGGUGGAGAAUCAUUGCUAUUGGCUAGCAGGGUGGCUGGUGGAGAGGGCUAGAGCAGAGCCCUGCAGAGGUAUGGCAAUCAGCUGUUGGGCUGACGAGUGAGUGCCUGAGCAGUGCAGUGUGUAAAGUACCUCCUUACUGCUCCCUUCCCACCCCUGCCUUCCACACACAGUGGGAGGUAAGCUCUGCGGAUGAACCUCUGAACUCUGGGGCUGCACUGGCCAAAGGAUAGCAACUGUGUGAAAUUAGAUUAAGAAUUGAAACAUGAAUCUAGACUCUGUCCAUAAAUUAUCUGACAAGACACAGCUUUUCAGGACCCAACAAAGACAAUCUUAUGAACUAGCUGAAGCUUGCAAAGCAACAGGUAACCUCUGUAACUCAAGUUUACCAUCUCAAAGGCUCCAUCCAUACUCCUCUCAUCAUCCUUGUAUGCAUAUUAGUAACAACAAUGACUGGGAGAUUUCUGAAGAGCUCCGACUUCGGGAGCUGGAAGAAGUUAAGGCUAGAGCGGCCCAAAUGGAGAAGACCAUGCGCUGGUGGUCAGACUGCACAGCCAACUGGCGGGAGAAAUGGAGCAAAGUUAGAGCAGAAAGGAAUAAAGCCCGGGAGGAAGGGAGACAACUGAGAAUCAAACUGGAGACCACAAUGAAGGAACUGAAUACACUGAAAAAGCUAAAUCAAGACUUACUAAUUGAAAAGGAAGAGUGGGAAACUGAAGUCACUUGGAAAAAGAAACCCAAUUUCUCAGAGAUGCCCUGUAUGACAGAAAAGGAGUACCCAUUUGUGUGUCUGGAACAAGAACCUGUUAAAGAUGUGAUCAAGAACAAGAUCCUUGUAGUACAAGAAACACAUAAGGAGGUAGAGACAACUGAAAACACAUUAAGAAAGAACCAAGCUAUGAGAUUCAAUCUGAGGCUUCCUGACUCCUUUGCUCCUGGUAUCAGUCUGGAAAAGCCUAGACAAAGGCUCGACAACAUUCAAAAGAAUGAAUUAAUACAUGUUUCUGCUUUGCAUUUGCAAUUGGAUGAGUCACAGAAAGUCUUACAGAAGGAAAAAGAAAUGCAUUUUUCCCUGGAAAAAGAAGUCGAGAAGCUGCACUCUGAUCUCUCUCAGUGGAAAUGGAAAUAUGAAGAAAUGCAACAGUCCAAGCUGGAGAGCCUGAAACAGCUGAACAUACUAAGUGACCUACACCAAAAUGAAGUGGAAAGGAAUUUUGAAAAUAUAGAGGAUGAAACUGGUGCCCGAACCAAUAUGGACAGAAAGAUGUGUGAAUUAAGAGCAGAGCUGGAGAGACUACAGUCUGAGAAUACCUUUGAGUGGGGAAAGAGAGAGAUAUUUGAAACAGAAAAGCAAAAUCUAGAAAGAGAGAAUAGAAGGUUGAAGUCCCAGGUGAAAGAAAUUCAGGACCUUCUGGAUAAGAGAAAUAAACUGCCAUCAAGUAACUUGGAUUCUGAUUUCAAGACAGCACAAGGUGAAUUACUGGAAAAAAAUAAGGAGCUCAUUGAUCUGCAGCAUGCACACCACAAGCUAAACAAGCAGUUUCAUGAUAAAGUGGCAGAAUUGAUGCAUGCAAACAAGAGAGUGGAACAACACGAGGCUGAGGUUAAGAAGCUGAGAAGUCGUGUGGAAGACCUAAAAAGAGGGCUAAACCAGGCAGAGGAUAAGCUCGAUGAUUCACUAAACCAGAUUCGAAAGCUACAGCGAUCUCUGGAUGAGCAGACAGAGGCAAAUGACAAUUUACAGAUUCAGCUUAAUCAUUUGAAAAGCAGGUUAAAGAGACAGCAGAAAGUGAGCUCUGGAUUUGGGAUCAAGCAAAUUUCCAUGUAUGAUGCUGGCGACGCCAUGGAGACAGUGAGCAAAGAUGAGGGGAACCAGCAUGCUUCAUAAAACAGCCCUCCAGUGACAAGACUAACACUGAUCAUUAGGAACAGAGGAAAACUGAUAAAGAUUUAGAGGAAAGAGACAUCUCUGCAACACAUGGCAGAUCUAUACAAAGAAAUAUGAUAUGUAUUAUUUCUAAUAUAGUAUUCAGGACUCAUAUUCAUAUUACAUUAGACCUGCAGGAAAUGUGCUUGCUUCAAUGUGUACCAGAUCUGAAUUGGAAUUUGCAGUUGUGCAUUUUUCAUUCUCAGCUCUCUUGAUUGCUGUCUCUUAAAACAAAAAUCUGAUUUUACUUACUGUGGCAAUGUCCCAGUUUAUCAUCAGACAAACUGAAUUCAAAACACGUAAGGUGAAGGCUACCUGGUUCAAAUUUAGUAUUGUCCAGAGGACAAGGCAAUGAACUGGGAACCAGGAGACUUAGAUUCUAUUCCCUGCUUUGAUGCUGACCUUUUGUGUAAAUUUGGGCAAGUCACUUUGCUCCUCCAUGCCUCAGUUUCCCCACCUAUAUAAUGUUAGAAGGUGCAUAUAUUCCUUCAUAAAUGUAUUUGA